GAAUUGAAGAAGAUGGUAGAACUACUAUGACGAAUACCAAUACGGAGCUGGAAGAACAAAUUGCGCAUGACAUCCAACCAAAACAGCUAAAGAGAAAAUAUGAUGCCAAUGAAGAAAAUUUAGGAAUAAAUGAAAGUUCAGAUAGCGACAACAUAGAAUCAACGGAAUUAGAUCCUAAUGAAGAGAUAAAUAUUGACGACAAUGAAAUUUUGGACUUUGAUCCACUAAGUAAUGUUGAAUCUGAUAUUAGCGAAACAGAACCUGAUAGUGGGUUAUCUUCUGUACGAAAAUAUCCAGAUGAAAAUAGUCCAAAAGAUAUUUGGCUCUUACCAUCAGGAAGAUCAAUAAGAAAUAUAAUUUGUGGUCCAAAGAAUCUUCACAAGUCUCACCCGUCAUGUCUGGAUAUUAUACGCAUUGGCUCAGAAGUCAGGAAGCCAGAAUGGAUUGAACAAGAGGAUUGGAAUUAUUUAAAUUCAAGUGUUGAAUAUCCGCGUUAUGAUUUAUCAACUGAAAUCAAAGAUCUAUUCAGUGUACUGUUAGAGACCAAUUCGCUAAAUGAGUAUAAAAAGUGUCUUCAUAAUGUCAAAUUUGACCAUGAAAAUGAUAUAGAAAUGAUUUUCGUAACAGAUGUCUUAUCAUGGUUUAUAAAUAAGAAUGAAGCAUUAUUGGGAUCGCUUAUGAUUCAUCCAGUACUACAAUACCUUGUAAACGCAACUAACCACGCUAUAUAUGUGCCAGGUGAGAUUUAUCUUAAAGCUAGCACAAAUCAACGAUUAUUACGACGUAACCUCAAACCUGAUGAUGAUAAGCCCUUGGGCAUGAAAGUUGAUGGUUCUUUCCAGUUCCCUGGUGAAAGAGGAGUUGAAAUUGGCAUGGUUGAAUUAUCUGGUGGCUAUUUAACUAAGGAUAUGCCUCGCUAUUUAAAAGAUCAU